CAAGAGCAUCGCUUUGGAGCCUUCACUAAUUUUUCGAAUUCGCUUUGCCGCCACUACAGUUGUUCUUAGCGCCUCCGGAUUUUUCACUGCAGUUCUCAGGUCAGUUUUUCGUCUUCGAUUAUUCUUAGAAUUUCGAUUGUCGAGGAUGGAGAGUGACGACGAUUUCCAGUUUUUGUCCUCUCCCGAGCCCGCUUCCCCUCUGGUUUCGGGGAGGAAGCUGAAGCGCUUGAAGAAAGCGAGUGUAGUGUCGGAGGAUUUGCCGGCGAUCGAUGAUCAAUCUGCGAGUGGAGUUUUGGGGGAUUUUGCCAGGAUCGAUGAUCGAUUUGAUGGUAGCUUUGAGAUGCAUGGAUUGAGUGCCUCGGAAUUUGGAGGGGAUGAGUUGAAUAAAUUGGACGGCCAAGAUCUGGGUGACUCCGAUGAGCUUCAACAAUCAGGAUCUGGAUCGAGGGAUUUGGAUGAGGGUGAUAAUUUGGAACCUGUUAUUGGUCUGGAUUGUGAGGAAAAUGAUUCCGGAGUGGAGAAGGCCUUUGAGUUUGAUGCUGGGGCUGGGAUUGAUGACAAAACUGAAGAUCAAAGUCCGGGCAUGGGAGAGGAAAACGGCGAUGUGCUAAUAGAUGAACAGGAGAAGAAACGGCCUAGUUUGGAUGCAUUCGAGGAUGAGAGAGAAGCAAAGAGGAGGAAAUCGAAGAACAAGCGGCUCAAGAGCAGUGGGGAGCCUGGAAAUUUCAGUGAGGCUGCGGUCUCGAAAAGGAUUCUCAAGAAGGAGAGAAGAGAAUACGUUGAGCAACUCCGCGCCGAGUCGCAGAGACUCUUGCGAGAUACUAGAGGAGCAGCAUUCAAGCCUAUACCACACGUUCAGAAGCCAAUAUCUUCAGUGUUGGAGAAGAUCCGUCAAAGGAAGCUUGAGCUCUCAAGGAAAUCUAUCAUUGUCAAGAACAUCAUGUUCGACGGUGAUGAUGGUGAUGAACUAUUCUCAGAGGUCGUGAUCAAGCAUAGGUUGUCUGUAGAAGGGAGGGAGGACUCUCUAGAAGAAGAAUGUGAGGAUAUGAAUCAGCAUCCUGCAGAUUUGGAGAACAAAGAAGAUUCAAUGUGUAUAGACGAACGUAAUAAUGGGACAAACAUACCCUCAGAAAGGGAAAGGGCUACCAUCAAUGAGGUCACAGAAGCAUUUCGGGCUCCUAUUAAUGAUACUCAGGACCUUUUUUCUGAUUCCCAAACAAGCAAUGGAGAUGAUGUGUCAAACGAGUUGUAUAACAAUCCUCUGCAAGAAAAGUUCACUCCAUCCAUAUUGGCAAUGAAUUUAAAGCGUGAUACUUCCCUUGAUGAUGUGAUGAGCGAGACAUCCAGCAGUCAUCUGCAAGAAAAUUUCACGCCAUCCAUUUUGGCAAUGAAUUUAAGGCUCGAUUCUGCUGCCCUUGAUGAUGAUUCUGAUGAAGAGGACAAUGACAAGGAGAACGUGAAUCCACAUCCACAUGGUUUGUCAGACUUGCCUUCAUCGGCAACCGGGGAUCCUGUUAAAGCUUUUGUUGAUGAUGAAGCUGAGGAAGAAGAUGACAGUGACCAUGAUAUGCGCUUCCAAGAUGAAGAGGAAGAUGGGGACUCCGAUUCAGAAGAGCUUCAAGAUAUGAUAGCAACUGCAUAUGAAGAAAAUCCAUUAGACAAUGAAAGGCGCAAUGAACUUCAUCAGAAGUGGCUUGAACAGCAAGAUGCUGCCGGAACAGAAAAUCUUCUGCAGAAAUUGAAAUAUGGAUCAAACUUUACAAAAUCGGCUUUGCUGGAAGAUGAAAAUGAGGGAGCAAAUGAUGAUUUUGAAUUUUGUCAAGAAGCUGCCGAAGAUUUACUUCCACUUAAUGUGGCUCGAAUGAACAUAAGAAAAGUAAAGCAAAUGCUUCCUCAAAUGUAUACAGAUAAAGAUGAUCAGUACAUAUCCGAUGAUGAGGAAACAGAGAGGAGGCUAGCAAGAGAACGUGUAUUUGACAAAGCUGAAGGAAAGUCCACAUUUCUGUCACCUGCUGAGGAUGAGGGCACAAGAGAAGUUUUUGGCCUUAUUAAAAAGCUGAAUGUUGUACCUGAUGCAAAGAAGAGACAAAAAGCACCAACGUUUUUGGACCCUCCACUAGCUGGUGUAAACAGAAAUACAUCUUCAAAGUCAUCCUUCUUAGGCCGAAGUUCAAGUUUAUCUCUUUCUUCAUCCCACAAGAAUGGAUCAUCGACCAACGGUCGUUCUUUUAUUUUUGGUCGGGAUGACAGCAACAGCAGGAGUGCAAUUGCAACGACUGAGGAACCUUCUGAUCCGGGUCAGAGUGAAAUUAGAGCUACAAGGACUUCUUCAGCCAAGUUUAGUUACUCCCAAGUGAGGCCAAGUGGUCAGAACACUGCACCCGAAAUCAAGUCAGGUACUCGCACUUCGUUGUUUGAUAUAUUAAGGCAAUCUUCUUUGCAACUACAACGCAAGCCAUGCACUUUUGGUGAGGAGUCUAGCCAAAUGAGUUCUGCAUUUGCGUCAUUCAAGUUGGAGAAGACACACAUGAAGAAGCCAAUAAAAUCUGAAGGAAGAUUCUAAGAUUCUAAUACGUUUGCCAUUGGAAUUGGAUCCAAGAUUAAUGCCUCAUUUUAUUCAAAUGUUUACUUGUUAUGUUGGAAGUCCAUUUCAUUCAACAUUUUGUUGGAUGGGAUGGAGACUUUUUUAUCCUUUUAUUCUGAGUUAAUUGCCCACAUGUCUGCAAGUAAUUCAGAUGCAAGGUUCUAUUUUUGCAAGGCCACAUAUAGGAAACCAAUAAGAGGACAUUUCGCCCAAAAUUUUGAUAAAUUAAGAAUUGUUAUGUUUGCCUUUGGAGUUGAAAA